AUGACAGACAACAUACCUGAGCCAUCUUCAGUCUCCCCAAAUUCCAAGAAAGAAUCCUUAGAAAAUAUUUCUAUGAGAUUUUCCACACUCUCAAAUAGCUCAUCUGUAAUGGUGGGAGUUAAGAGAGGAUACAUGAUCUCUCACACUAACACAACAACAACCACCAACAACAGCAACAACAAGUUGAUGAUGCAAUCACCAGAAGCAAGCAUGUAUACCAAUCCCCCUGAAGAUACAAAUGGAGACUUCACAACAUCAUCCAGCAAGAAAAACAAAGGUAGACCAUUGGGAUCCAAGAAUAGACCCAAACCACCUAUUGUUAUAAAGGAAAACACAGAUACACUUAUGGAACCAAUUCUAAUUGAAAUUUCUGCUGGAAAAGAUGUUGUAGAAACUCUCAUCAACUUUGCUCAUUGUCGUCAAUCUAGCAUCACAGUUUUAAGUGGUAUUGGUCCUGUCUCUGAUGUUACUCUUCUCAAUCCACUCUCUCGUGCUCCUACUUUUCCCAUGAAAGGAUUGUUCAAUAUGUUAUCUCUUUCUGGUACUUACGUCAAUGCCAAUUGUGGUCAUCAUGUUCCUCCACGUUUCAUCACUGAACCAACAUGUUCUUCUUUUUCCAUUUACCUCUCUGGUGAUAGUGGACAGGUUUUUGGUGGUAUCAUUGGAGGCAUGGUAAAGGCUGUUGGUGAUGUUUUGAUUUCAGCUGCACUUUUCAAGAAACCUGAGUUUCAAAGAUUGACCAUUAUCAAUGGAAGUGUUCAUGAAAUUGAAGAGAAUAAUGACUUACAUGUUGGUGAUUCAGAUUUCAGUGUUGCACCUGCCAAUUCAACUCAAUUGAAUUCUUCAUUCUUUCCUCUUCCUUUUUCUAGUACUGAUGUUAAUGUCAUACAGUGGAACCACUCUACCCAUUGA